CAGAAAGAAUGGCAGGGCGUACUCCAAUAUACUGCAGGAUAUCAUGGAUUUCAAGGCAUGAUCUACGCUGAACUGCACAUCAACAGAAAGAAGAGGAAUUUUUACAUCAUUUCAGAUAUUGUGUUUGCUCCGGGGACUUAAAAUGAAUGCAUAAUAAGCGUCGGAAAAUGAUUCAGACAUAACUUCAUGCAUGUGUGCAUAAGGGACGUGGCCAGAUCACGUGGUCAGCUCCUUUUUGCUAUUUAAUUAUUCGUUUCUCAGAGAAAUGACAACAUUUCUGUGUACUUGCACCUUUACGAACUCUUAUCUGACAUUUGGAUAUACACUAUGGUGAAAUAGUUGGCCUUUGGACGGAGACAACAGCUGAUUUGCGGUUUGUUUUCAUUUGUGAAUCUCGACAGGGAAUUGACAAAAAAGUCACGUGCUCUGUAAUUAUAUUAGGAAAAGACGACAAGAUUUGUCAGUCACACGAAUUUUCGGUGUCUUUUUAGAAUGUUAUUAUAAGAAUUGGUAUCUUGUUUGAAUUUCGUGAUCGUUACAACCUGCCAUAUCUGAUGGUAGACAUCAAGGGGAGGUCGCGUUUAUGUCGGUCCCCCUUUCGUUGAGAGUAUGUUGUAUGGCCGCUAUGGCUCCCGCUCUUACGGAAGCGGCCACACAAGCUCGUAUCAAACUCUCUGAAUCCCCACCACCAGCUCCACCCGAACUGCCAACACCCCUUCUGAACGGGAACGGACUGACCCAUCACAAAACUGAGAAGAUACCUGCAGCGUCGUCUGAACGCGACAGGUUGGGCGCACCGUGCGCCAAAGGUAAACAAGGAAGAGGCAUCGUGGGGUUCACCUCGCAUUUGACCUUGCAGCAAUUACAGCAGGCGCACAAACAGGGGUUACUCAAACCGGUUGGAUGUAAACAAAUAACAGCGGCCAACUUAAAACACUUGAAAUUAGUUCAAAAAUUGCCCCAAAUUUCACAAGAACAUUCUCUGUCUUUCUCUGUUUUAGAACAGAACAGCAAUCAAAUUGACGCUGAUGAGAAAAUGAACAAGACGAACUCUGUUAUUGAGACAAAAAGCACAGGUAAACAAGGAGGAUUGAUAAGUCAAAUUAAACGUGAAGAUUUUCAAGUUCCAGAAAAGCGAAAUAUUUCGAACAACAAACAAUCAUUGAAUGUGAAAGAAUUGAGUUCUGGUGUAGACAUUCAACAUACCUCUAGUAGUAAUAAAGAGACUGAGCACAAAGUUGAAGUUCCAGUCAACAAUUUAAUAUCUUCAUCUGGAUCUGAUAUGGUUGCCUCAAUGGGGAACGGCCCAGAUGUCAGUGAAACCCCAAUUAGCAAAUCGAAGGAGCAGACUGAAACUGUCUGUGAAUUAGGGGCUAAACAACUCAAAUUAUCAGAACAGGUUGGUCGAAAGCAGCAUGUGUUGGAGAGACGCACACAGGCCUUGCUUCGCAGACUUCGUCGCAUUCAAGGAAAUCAUCUAGAAAGUCAUGUUAGGAAUCAGUUGAGCAGUUUUGUUAAUUUUCAGAAUAGUAACUUGCAGACAGUGGCAAAGACCAUAAAAUCAAAUAAUAGUAAUAACAAUGACCUUAAAACAGACUUGUUUCAGAGUGAAGAUGUGAAGAAUUUAUCAACUGCAGCUCUUGUUAAUCUUGUUAGAAAGUUACAGUCCUCAAACAACAAUAACAAGACAUCGCUGCAACGUCUGGUUAGUCAGACGAAGACCGAAAAAGACAUUGUUUCACAGGGCGUCCUAUCUAUAGAUGAGGAGACAUGCAUCGAGUCCAGCCGUGUGGCAGGACACCUCACUAUGAACUUGAAGCAUGCACAAAGUGCCAUAGAUUCUGAUGCUACGGAAAGUAGUUCUGGAGGAGAGAGUUGUGAUGAAGAUGAUAUUUACUAUGACAGAGAUCCAAAGGCAACAUUAAAUCCUUUGCAUCGGAGAGCUGAAUGGAAAUGGGCAACAGAUCGUGCAGCAGUGGCUUCAAGGUGGACAUGGCUUCAGGCACAAGUGUCAGACCUAGAAUACCGUAUUCGACAACAGAGUGAAAUUUUUAAACAAAUACGACACACAAAGGGAAGUGUGAUACUGGGCGAGGCGCCUACUCCUGAAGAUUUGAGUGUUAGACUUAAACAAGUGAGGGCAGCAGAUUCCAAAUUGUCCCCGCUGGAUGCUAAAAUUGCUAAUUUGCAAAAGAAAAAUGAAGCUUCGCCAUGUAAUAUCUCAACUUUGCUCAUGAAUGUGAAUGUGCAGGCAUCCAAAUUGACAAAGUCUUUAGGGAAUUGUCUGUCACCUGCACAGGAGGGUGGUAAUAGUAAUAAUAUAGGGGAUGGCAAAUUAAGGGGACAGCAAAAUCAUAGUACAAAGCCCCUGAAUGGUAUGAUAGGACAAUCCCAUGAACAUGGUGCAUCAGGAAUGUCCUCUGAUGCUCCAAGUACGCCACAAACAACACAAGGAGCAAUAGGACCAACAGGGGAUAGUGUUGCAUCAACACCUGAGGUCCCAACAUCACCAUUCCCACCUGAUAUGACUUGUCAGGCAGCCAGGUGUCGGCCUGUACGAAGCUAUCGGAAACGAAAGCUUCUUUGGACAUCUGGUCUGCACCAACGUAGCCGAAAAGCGGCACGGUUAUCUACUGUCCGAUGUGAGUGUUAUCCUCCGAAGUCAUCAUGUCCCAUGUGUGGUGGACGGUAUAACAAUACCCAGAGUGUUAAUCCUGACAACAUGCCGAUACAGGAGCGUGUAUCCAUCCUGGACCCUGCAUUUCAUCCCGUUUUGUCUUUCACACAAGAAAUUCCACUUCCUAUCCACUUUGAGGCACUUCUUAAGAGCGGAGAAUGGCAAAACAAACCUCCACCAAAAAGUGCAAAAGCAUUGGCAACAGAGAGAAGACGGCAAAAGCUGAUGAGUCAACAGCGGGUUAGCAAGAAGACCAAGUAUGCCAAGGGUGCAGCUGCUGCUCUUCUGUCUUCUGCAAAGUUACGAAACAAAUAUGAGAGAAGAACACCAACCAAGCCAAGAUCAGGAGGAUUGUCCAUGACUCCCAAAAAGAGUGCAAAAGAACGGCGACUUGCACGUUCAGAUAUGAAGAGACGAAGAGUGGCUCAGCUAGCUAUGGCACUGAAGCAUAACGAAAACCUGUCGCUAUCCUAUACAGAUGGCUACUCUGGGGUUGAAGGCAAGAAUAUGCUGGCCUCUCCAAUUAAUAAGGAAGGGGGAACACUCUCAUCAAGUGCACCAUCAUCCACCUUAAAGGAAAUGAAAGAGGCUCAGUGGCGGAGAAGAAGGGAGAGCGAAUAUGACAUAAACAACAUUGUUAUCCCUUACAGUAUGGCUGCUUCUACACGUGUGGAAAAACUUCAGUACAAGGAGAUUGUAACACCUAAGUGGCGAGACCUUACAAAGGGUGAUGGGGAGGUCCAAGAGGAAGAGGAAGAAGAAACCUGUCCAAGUAAGGAGGAGAUGGAAACAGAGACUGAGAGACCUGCGAGUCAGGAAGAGGCAAAUGUUACUAAGGAAGGGGAGGAGGAGGAAGAAGAGGUUGAGGAUUUAACAGAUGAAUCAUUUAUAGAAAGACACAAGAUCUGUGAAGUGCAGGAAAAGAAAAGGUUUACCUCUUUCAUCCAAUACCCAAGUCGCCGACAAAGAGGAUCUCGAGGGGAGGAACAGCCACGCACCCCUGCCAUGACUGAUGAUAUUCCAAUGGACAUAAGUGUAAAUGAGCCAAUACUACCUUUGACAAGCCCUCUCUCCACCAGCCCUUCUCCAACCCCACAGGUGCAGGCAUUCAAAGACGAGGCAUUCAGGAGGCGCAGCAGUUCAGCUUCCUCUCGGCGCCUAAGUAUGAGUGCCAGUAUGGAUGAAAACAGUAGAGACUCCCAAUUAUAUGAGACAGUGGAGAUGUGCUCGGUUGACCCAUGGCCAGAUAGGACUUUCCCGUUAACAGAAGAGGAAUAUGAACAGAUGAAGAUGGUACAGCCUCCUGCUGUCCAUGUGCGGCGUGCUCGAAUGUCUAGCACACGUAUAUCUCUAAUGAGUGAGUACAGCAGCAGCCAUCACCAACUGGAGGAUUCUAUGUCAGGAAGCAGUCUUCCUUGUUCCCCACUCCCAAGUACUUCUUCUGGCUCUGUUGUUGGGGAGGACCCUAAUGACCCAGAAUGGAUAAUCAAUGGAGAGAAAGACAAAGAGAAAGCUCCUCCAAAACAGUCAGUCAUCCUCAAACUGAAACGUUGAGAUGUCUAGCAUGUAUGUGUUGGAAAUAAUCAACGUAGGAUCACUCCUGGCCUGGUAAAGACUGUGGCCAUGGACCCAUACUGGAGAUAGCACUGUUUACCAGACUAUAUAUCCAAGCAAGGCUGAUGAUUUGUCCAAUCUGAUGAAUGGACUGGAGACAACCUGGAAUCUCCACGGAAGAACCAAGCCAUUGGAUAUAACAUAGGAUCUCCAAGGAAAGGCCUGGACCCUUUUGAUAUCUUUAAGAAUCUCUGUAGAAAGACUGGAUCCUUAUACCAAUAAGAGGCAUGUCAUUAUUGCUUUGUGGUUUUGGAGACAUUUCAGGACUGAUCUGAUUUGAAUAUGCAAUACUGAUUAAGUAUUAGGAUGCAUUUCUUGGAAAGAUGAAGGAAAUCAAAGAAAUCAUGGUUAAUUUAUGUUAAUUGCAAAAUCUAAGAGAUGGGACACUGCGCAUUGCAAUGCUAUCGUAAUGUUGCUGGAGUUUUAGUAAAUCUUUUUUGUUUUGGAAGUUAUUAGUGCUAAAUUUAUCUAUUUACAUAAAAUUGUCCCAUCAACACAGAUUUACAGAUAUCUGUUCAAUGCAGAGGAGAAAACCCAGGAAGUCUCGUUAAGGUGACUUAGUUUAUUGAUCAAUUUAAAUCCAUAUUAACAAGUGCUAAGGAAUGCUUUGAAGAAGGUUAGAGGUUGAGGUCAUCAUGGAUCUUGUUGGAGUCAAAUUUUCUCACCUGGUUUAGUAGCUAGUAGAUAAUUUGACUGAGUGCCAUGAUUUUGUAAAUAGGUGUGCUUGAAAGUUGCAAGGGUCUCUGAUCAUUUUCUGUGCAUACACUGUAAUGCAUUGUCUGGUCAGAUGUUUCUAUUGUUCAUUGAUCAAACUUUUUUUUCUCUUUUUUUUUUUCUUUGCAUCUUGAAAAAUUAUGCUGAUUUGCCUACAAAAAAUAUAUAUACUGUGUAUAUUUGUAUAAAUCUUUGUAUUCAAAUCAGUAUAGCAGUUCAGAUUUUUUGCUGGAAAUCAAAUUUAUAUCAAUUAAUCAUAUAUGCAAAAAAAGGAAAGUAUAGAAAGGAAAAGUCAUUUUGUAUGUAGAUGACACGAAUCAUGUACUGAUAUGAAGGGAAUUCCAGUUAUCUUUUUUUUUAUGCCUAUUUUUAUUUUAUUAUUUAAAUUUGAUUAUUUACAUGGCAUGGUUACAUUGAAUUGAAUCCAUAGAGAUAAAUUUGUGUACAUCAUGUGAUCACCAGUGAUGUCUGCACCAGACUUAUAAAUGGUCAUGAACCCUGUUGACAACUGUGUAUGUAUGUGUAAUGAUCAUUGGUGACAAUUGUUUAACAUAGGUUGGCCAUAGUUUGCCCAUUGAUCCUGAUACAUAGUGCUGUUGAUGAAAUAUUAUGCAUUUUUGUUAAGGUAUUUCCUCAUUCCUUUUUUCAAUGUAUAACUUUUCAAUAGUUGCAUAAUAACAACCAAGAAAACUUGACGUUUUUGGACAAUUAUCUUUUGCUUUUUCUUUAAAUUUUGCAGUGCUCAAGAAUUUGUGAAAUCAUGCUAUUAUUUAAAUGAUAUGAUCAAAAAUUUUAUUAUUGACAUUAAUCAGUAUGAUGUUCAUUUAGGGAACCUUACCUGACUUGCUUUCACUUGUUUCAUUUCUGUUUAACAAUAAUACAGAAGAAUACUUUCAAUCUUUCUUUAAACCUCAUUUGAAACCUUGUUCAAAGAAAAACUUUUCUCACUUCUAAAGGUUUUGUUAGCCAUGAUGUUGCUGGUACAGUGCAGCUGAUGUGUUUUAUCAAAUAUUGAUAAUUACAGACAGACAUGAGAAUAGUUUGAACAAAUAAUGUUCUUAUUGAUUAUAUCUUUUGAUUACCCUUAAUAUUGUAGACAAGUAUCUAUUAAGUGUUUGUCUUCUUCCAGCAUAGUCGGUAAAUGUAUAUUAAUCAUGAUCAAGGGAGAUAAUCUACCUUGUAUAGGGAUGGGGUGGUUACAUUCUGUGGAAAUGUCUUCACUUAAAUUAUUACAUUGUACCAUUUUAACACUAGAGACUUGUUAACAUUCCUUGCUUAAGGUGCUUUUCACUCUCAUACAAAAACUGAUACUAAAUCUUGUGUAGUCAUACAUGCAGCAAUAUAUCUACUAUAUAUGUAACUGUAAAAUCUGAUGGUUUGAAUACUAAUUGUUCACUCUUAUGUUAAUGGUAUUAGAAUGAUCAACUUCCUUAAAAAAAAUUUUUUUCUUUUUUUACGUUUUUGUUGUGUAGGGUUUGCUUAUCACAGUUAUAAUGGUAUUAUUAAAAUGUUUUACUUUUAAUGUAGUAAUGACACAGUAAUUUGUUAUCAAUAUUGUUCUGCAAGUUCAUCAUCAUUGUAGUUAAAGUUGGAAUGUAGAGAUUUGUUAAGUACUAUCUCACGUUUGGUUUACAAUACAUGCAUUUAUAAAGUGAGAAAUAAAUUUUCGAUGAAUAAAAUAGGGUUUGUGUUGAUGGUGGGAAAAUGUUUUUUUUUUAAAUGGUUCAAUGGUAGCAAGAUGAAAUUGGAUAAACUGAUGGUGUUGAAAUAAAAUAUGUCAGGGUUUUUUUUCCCUUAUGAAAAGCAGUUUGCUGCAUGUUAUUUUGCCCUUUUGGAAUGAGAUACAUUAUAGCAAGAUAAAACAGGAUGGCUGAAUAUUAUGAACGGCUUCCAGUAAUACAUUAUCAGUUGUUGGAUAAAAUAGUUCACAAAUUUAUUGGUUAGUGUUGUGUUUCAUUGGAUUUUUCAGAUUUUGAAACAUUACAUAAAAUUUGUAUAACAAAUAUUUGAGAAGAAAAAAAAAGAAAACAAAUCUCACCAAUAUAUUAAUGCAUUUUGUUAUCCUGUGAGAUGAUAACUAGUCGUGUUAAAAAAUUGGGUCUUUAGUAAUUAUGUGGACAGUUUUCGGUAUUAAUUGAGGGUUCUAUUAUUAGUUUUAAUUUUCAAGAGACUUCGGCUUUGAUUUAGUACACUGACUGGAUCACACGAGUGCAUGCGAGUAAGUAUGUUGUACAUACUGUGGUUCUUUUCACUAUUUUCAUGAUGUACAAAUAUAUGCGAGUUAUCAUUCACUGUUGUGUAUAAUUAAUGUAUGUUACCUCUGGUUUCAGAGUGUACAAAUGUAAAAAAAAUCAAAUAAAAACUUUCAGAAGAAUGAAAAAGCAGAAGAAAAAAAAUCUACUUAGCGUUUUGUUCUCUUGAUUGGAGGUUGUUGCUUUGUUGUUGAAUGUUGUAAGAUGAGUGGAAGAAAAAAUGACCAAUAGCCUGCAGCUAGUGCAAUUAAAAUGAAAUCACAUAA